CUCAAUAGAAUAUAUCGAUUUUCAAUGGAGUUGCAAGAUUUUGUCCUGAUAGCAGCAACUUCUUUAGGCCUGCUCUCUCUUUGUAAAGCCUUGAUCAAUUUUCUGAAAUGGGUGUGGGUUAUGUUCUUUCGGCCUGCAAAGAAUCUCAAGGAGUAUGGCUCAUGGGCGAUGAUAACCGGCUCCACCGAUGGGAUUGGCAAAGCCCUUGCGUUUGAAUUGGGGUCAAAGGGUCUUAACCUACUCUUGGUUGGUCGCAGCCCUUCAAAACUUGAAGCUACUUCAAAGGAGAUAAACCAAAAAUAUGGCAGAAAAGUAGAAACAAAGAGUAUUGUCAUAGACUUCGCCAAAUCCAGCGGAGAGGAGAUUUGUAAGAUGAUCGAGGGAGGAAUAAGAGGGUUAGAUGUUGGGAUUUUGGUAAAUAACGCAGGGAUGGCUUACCCUUAUGUAAUGUAUUUUCAUGAGGUUGAGUUAGAGGUGAUGGAGAGCCUCGUGAAGGUGAACAUAGAUGCUGCCACUUGGGUCACCAGGGCUGUGCUUCCUGGCAUGCUGAAGAAGAAGAAAGGAGCAAUAAUCAACAUUGGCUCCGCUACCUCCUUGUUCUCUUACCCUUUAGGAGCCGUUUAUGCUGCAACCAAAGCGUACCUUGCAAUGUUCUCAAGAUGCAUUGGUUUGGAAUACAGGCAACAAGGAAUAGACAUUCAGUGUCAGAUUCCACUGUUUGUGGCAACAAAGAUGGUAAAAGGUUUGAAGGCGUCUCCGAUGUUGGUGCCAUCACCGGAGAUGUAUAGCAAAGCAAGCAUACGAUGGAUUGGAUAUGAGCAUAUCUGUGUACCAUACUGGAUGCAUUCCGUGCAGUGGUUUAUAAUGCAUGGAUUGCCAGAUGCAUUACUGGAUUGGUGCGUUUUCCAUUACUUUCUCAACGUGGGUAAGAAAAGAUUGAAAAAGUUGAUGAUGAUGGGGGGCUGCAUGAAGCAGUCAAAACUUUUUGAUGUCUCAGUGUGAAGGUUAAUUUUUGAGUUUCAAAAUAUUUUAUUUUCUCUUUUUUUAUUUUUCUUUUUAUUUUUCAGGGUUUAUUUAUUCACCACUUCCUUC